UUUCAGCGGUUCAGUUGUUGUUUGCAGUUAAUAACGCGCAGUUAUCAGCAGCGAUCACAUUGAGCAUGAAGCUGCACCAGAUGACCCAGUUACGAGUGAUGUGGCAUGCCGCCAUACUGUUGCUCUGCCUCGCCCAACUGACGCAGGCGGUAACCACAGCCAAGCCCAAGACCCUAGUACAGGCAACACAGCCAACAAGCACCACAACUACAGUGAAGUCAAGACAGCAACAACAACAACCGGCACAAACUCAACAAAAGAAGCAAGAUCCUAAAUGUCUGCAGCCUUUGGAGAUCGGUCCAUGUCGCAUGAGUCUGGAGCGUUACUAUUACAACAAGGAUAAGAAUGCUUGCGAAACGUUCAAAUACGGCGGGUGUCGGGGCAACGACAAUCGCUGGGGUUUCCAGCAGACUUGCGAAGAGGCGUGCCUCAUCAGAAAGUGAUUCAAGAUAUAAUCGGCCACAUACGCAGUCACAACGCAUAAUUUUUAGACAAAUAAACAUUUGAAAUCAAACCUAUCGCGAGUUUUGCCAAGUCAAACAUCAACAUCAAGUUCUAUGAAUUAUUUGUAUUCGUGACUCAAAUUCCAAGCGCAAAUUUGUUUACAUAUUUAAAUGAAGCGUAAAUAUUUAUUAGUUUAUUUUAGCGUGUUGUUACCGAAUUAUGAUAAUAGAACUCAAUUGAAACAGUAGAUAAUUGAUUGAUUUCGUGAAGACUUCAAUAUUUCAAGAAUUAAG